AUGUCAUUAGUAAAAAAAGCCACACACUGCCUAGACCACGUAGAAGCGGCCUACAAGUUAUGGCUUCGAUGGUACUAUACGCCUCAACGGCUGGCCGAAAUAUACCCGGGCUCCCGGGCAACGUGCUGGCGCUGUAACCAACAAGAAGACACCCUAAGCCAUAUAUUCUGGUACUGCCCUGCACUCAGCCAAUACUGGCAACAAAUCCAAGACCUGAUAAAACUCAGAGUAGGGAUAGACCUACCACCUGCCCCUGAACAUUACCUGCUCCAUAUGAUGCCACCCGAAAUAACAGCCCACGAGGCCUCACUGAUCACCCACAUCACGCUUGCUGCAAAGCAACGAAUAGCUGCCCUAUGGAAAUCCACCUUAGCACCAGACAUACAGUCGGUAAUUACCAAAGUGAAUCUCACCCAACAGUAUGAGGAAAUGUCGCACACGAUUAGUGGUACCCUACUGAAGUAUAAGGGCAUUUGGUCCAAAUGGUAG